AUGUGUGUCUUCUGUAAUAGUGUUGUUGAAUCUACUUAUCACCUCUUUUUUGAUUGUGAUUAUGCAAAGGAAGUUUGGAGUCUUCAGCCAAUGGCCUCACAGGGAGUAACUCAAACUUUAAACUCUCAUAAUACUUUCUUGCAUAAAUAUAAUGAAUGGAUAGCAUGUGAUAUUAAUUCAAUCUCAAAGGCUCCUGUUGCAACCAAAUGUUGGUUUAUAUGGAAAGAGAGGUUUCUUAAAAUCUUUGAGGAUAAAUCUAUAACUCCUGAACAACUUGCCUUGGAUAUAACACGUCAUUAUGAUUACUGGCAUCUAACACGUCUGCAUACUUUGGCCCAAUCACAAGUCAGACACAUAAAACCGAUACCUUACUGGAAAUUCCCAGAAGUGAACACUGUUAAGAUAAACUGUGAUGCUUCUUGCAUUUCUGAAAAUACUAAUGCAGGUUUUGGAUUUGUGAUUCGCAACCGGACAGGAACUUUAAAAGCAGCAGAAUCAGUAAUCUUCAGAACUUCCACUGCUGAAGAAGCAGAAGCUCUAACUCUCCUGCAAGCUACAAAUUGGGCCAUCACAAACAACUUACAACAUCUGGUCAUUGAGGGAGACAAUCAAGCAAUCAUAAAGCAUUUACAAGGAAAAGAUUCAACAAUCCCAUGGCAAAGUCUGGCAAUAUUGGAGGAAGUCAGGAAACAAACAGCAAACUUAACACACUUUUUGGGUUUCAAUUUCGUUGACAGAAAAGCUAACAAAGUAGCUGACCUCUUAGCAAAGAAUGGGAAGAAGAACAUUAGACAUCAGCCUUGGCUAUAA